UCCUGUUCCUUCUGUUUUUAUCCUUUCCUUCUUGCGAAACAGCGUCGUAUCAUUUCCUGUUCCCUGCUUUGGUUAGCCGAUCGGCCAGACCAUUUGCCGAACGUGGAGCAUGAGCCACUGCCCAUCUUCGCAGUUCCCUAAACCCGUGGUGGAAAUUGCGAAAAUCCUGGAUUAGACCCUGACAUUGAAGGUUCCAUUAAUUCCUCUGACAUUGAAGGUUCCAUUAUUGUUUUGAAGUAUCAAUGUUGAGUUUGCGCUUGAAGAAGUAACAAUAUUAUUGUUAUUUCAAAAAAGGCAUAAUGUUUUAGAAAGUCUCCGAUUCCGCUGGCUGAAGAUAAUAUAAGCUCUAUAGCUCCCAAAAUAUGGGGAGUAAAACCAAGAAGAAACAUAUAGAUGAGACACCCAGUUCCUCUUCAUCUCCAUCAACCUCAGACUACUCUGAAUCAUCUCCAGAGAGGCGUCACCGGCACCGGAAAGACCGGCGUAGGAAGGAUGGGAGUUCAAGGAGAGAGAAAGAGAGAAAAAGAGAGAAAAGAAAGAGGAAAGAGAAAGAAAGGGAGAGAAAAAGGAGGAAACUGAGGAGAGAGGAUAGAAGGAAGAAGAAAAGGCAUUAUCAGUCUGAUUCUGAAUCUGAGUCGGGUCCCGAUUGUGGGUCUGGGUCUGAUUCUGAGGGUGAUAGAGGGCGGGUUGAUCCCCAAGUAGUUGUUGAAGAGAUGUUGAAGGAGUUUCCUAAUGUUGGAAAUGAUUUGAAACAGCUUCUUCAAAUGAUUGAUGAUGGGCAAGCAGUUGACAUAAAGGGCAUAUCUGAAAGGUCGUUGAAUAAGCAUUUGAAGAAGCUGUUCCUCUCUUUAAACUUAAAGGAAAAUGGUGAUAGAGUCUUUUUACUAUCUUCAAAUGCUCACCCCACCUUGGAUGUUGUGGGUCAUUUGAUUCAGACUCAUGCAGAACCUAAAGAGCAACAGCCUAAAAGUUCUGUUUCAGUGAAGGAUGCACCCUCAAUUCCAGAGCAUGCUGAAUGUAGCCAAGUAAUGGAUGAAAAUAAUUCAGACAGAGAUGAUUCUGCUAAUCUUAAAAGAAGGGUGAUUGGCCCUGCAAUGCCCUCAGCCGAGCUACUUGCUGCAGCAGCCAAAUUAACAGAGGCCCAAGCUGAGCUCAGAGAAGCUGAGUUGGAGGAAGAUAAUGAACUAUUUAUUGGACCUCCACCACCUGCUCUGGUUGCUGAGGCUGAAUCUGCAAAUGAAGCAGAGCGUUUUGAAGAGGUCACUAGAAUUAUGGGAGUUGAGGCUGAUAGUCCAUAUGAUGUUAUAGGAGCAAACCGAAAUAUGUCUGCUGAUAAUAUAAAGAAAAAGUACUGGAAACUGUCUCUUUUGGUGCAUCCAGACAAAUGUACUCAUCCACAGGCACACCAAGCAUUUAUUAUACUCAAUAAAGCUUUCAAGGAGUUACAAGAUCCAGAUAAGCGAAAAGCUAUGGAUGAAAAAAUUAAACUGAAGGAGGAGCAGGAGGAGUUUAAGGCUGAGUUGCGAGCAAUGCGUGAAGCUGCACAAUGGAGAAGAUUGCAAGGUAUAUCAAUGGAGGGUGAUGAUGAGCUCCUGGCAGAAGUGGAGGUUAAAGUGCCACCGAAAAGGGAUGAAUGGAUGACAACACUACCUCCUGAAAGGAAACCUGGUGUGACUAUGCAAUCAACGAGAUUUAGCAAGAGUUCUAAAGAAGGACGUGGUGAUACGAGUGUUUGGACUGAUACUCCUACGGAGAGAGCCCAAAAAGCAAAGAUGCAUUAUUUGGAAGCCUACAAUGAGGCUGCUGCACUUGCUUCUAAUGAAGAUGAUAAGAAGAGAACCAAUUCAGACGCAGAUUUGGUGGAUAUAUACAAUAAAGAAAAGCGAUCGAAAUCAUUGGUACAAAAGCAUCAAGAAGAGACAGCAAAGCGUCCAAAGAAGAAAUCCAAGCUACAGGCAGAGAAAGUGGAGUGGGAGGGUAAACAUCCAUGGAAGCCUUGGGAUCGAGAGAAUGACCUUGUUGCGGGAAGGCAGAAUGUGAAGCUUGAUACUGAUAACAUGGCCAAGGGUCUGACUUCCAGAUUUUCAUCCGGAACCUUUCAGAGGAACUUCCUCUAGGCCAUGGAUGUAAUAGUCAUAGCUAAAGCAUCAUCCCACAUUUUACCUAUGUGGCUGUCAUGUUUGCUGAACAUAAUUUAGUGAUGUCUCAAUAUUUUUUCCUUUUUAAGACAUCAUAGAUGAAACGAAGCCUAAAAGAUAAAAUGGGUGAAAGAAGGCAGGAGGCAGGAGUCUUGUAACAGUAUAAUUUUUUAACUCCUACAGUUAGAUGUGCUGUGAAAUGAUACCAGCUCCUACAUAAGCACAAUUGAUUAUGGGGGUGCAUGUAGGGUUGGUAAUCCAUAUUAGCCUGUCGUUAUUAUGUUGUGUAAAGAUAAGGAUAUAACAUAUGAAUUGAUUGAUAUGAACACGACACAAAUAAAUAAUCGAGUUCUUGAUUUGAAUA